UUGACAAACAUUUUUUAGAUUUGUAUCGUUUUGCAAGUUGGGUCGAUAUGAGGUUGACGCUUGCGCCGACGCUCGAUGCGUCGAGACGCCGUUCCUUCAGUAUUUACGGUAGCGGCGAAAACCCUCGCAAGGGAAAGGAACGGACGGACGGACGGUGGGAUCAGGGAGGAAAAUGUUCGAGCUGUAUGGUGUUGAUAAAGAUGGCAUGGUUUAUCGGUCGCCGCCGCCCAGGCGAAAAGAAGUCGACAUUCUGGAGACUUGCUUGCAACUCUCCUCACCAGAACUCAUGAGAAAAUUGCCUAAUGGCGAUGCGCUUCAUCACAUCAAGGACACGGGUGUUUCGACUUCCUUCAACAAGGCUAAGGAACCGCCUAGAGAGAGCAGACGAAGUAUUGUGAGAAAAUGGGUGGUGAUGACUGGAUUCUUCUUCCUCGGAUGUGCCUUAGUGGCUGGAGUUGGUCUGCCUCUCGCCUUGGAACUUCGGAGUUCGCAUUUGCUGGAAGCCAGAUUGCAGGUGGUCCGGCGAAUGUUGUCAGAAGUUCCUCUCAUCGACGGACACAACGACUUCGCCUGGAAUCUUCGUAAACACCGCGGCAGCACGAAGCUGAACAGCUUCCCCUUCGACGAGGACUUGUCGCGCAAUGCCAGCUGGGGCCCGCAAUGGCAGACCGAUUUGAUUCGCCUGGAGCAGGGAAUCGUCGGCGCGCAAUUCUGGUCGGCCUACGUGCCGUGCGAGGCGCAAUUCCUGGACGCUGUGCAGCUCACCCUCGAGCAGAUUGACGUCGUGCGCAGGCUCACGGCGCGCUACCCCAAGCGAAUCCGCCUAGUGACGACGAGCGGCGAGCUGGAGAACGCUCAUCGGGACGGGGUGAUCGCCAGCCUGGUGGGAAUAGAGGGUGGCCACAGCAUCGGCACCUCCAUGGCGGUGCUGAGGAGCUUCCAUCGGCUGGGCGCGCGCUACAUGACCCUGACCCACAAGUGCAACACGCCGUGGGCCGAUUCAUGUUCCACUGAUGAUCCGAAUACGGAUGUGGCCUCAGAGUUUCACAGCGACGGCCUCUCGGCGUUUGGCAAGAUGGUCGUGCGAGAGCUAAAUCGGCUCGGCAUGCUCGUAGAUCUUUCUCACGUCUCGGUGAAGACGAUGAAGGACGCCCUCGCGGUGACAAAGGCACCGGUUAUCUUCUCGCACAGCGCCGCUAAAGCGCUCUGCAAUUCCUCGAGCAACGUCCCGGACGACGUACUACGGAAUUUGUCUCUCAACGGUGGUCUGGUUAUGGUCAGUUUCGACAGCGCACAUUUGAGCUGCGAUGAUAAGGCUACCAUGUAUGACAUCAUAGCCCACAUCAAUCACAUCAGACGAACAGCUGGCGUGAACCACGUGGGUCUCGGCGCGGGUUACGAUGGAAUUCUAAGGCCACCGACAGAAUUGCCGGACGUCUCCGGCUAUCCUUUGCUGCUGGCCGAGUUGACCAGAGAUCGCCGAUGGUCCGCGACAGAUAUAAAGAAGCUGGUGGGCGGAAAUUUGUUGCGCGUUCUCAAAGAAGUGGAAAAUCACGCGGCAACCCUCUUGCACCAGUUUCCGACGGAGGAGUGGAUUCCUCAGGAUCAACUCAUAGAGGACAACGCCUUUUGCAGAUAUCACGACGCGAGUCUCUUUGUUUGAUUUUUGGAUGCACAACAGAUUUUAGGAUUCGCCCGGCAUGCAAAUUAGUUCAAAUUUUCUUUUCCCGGAAGAAAUUCACAGGCGAAGUGUUCAUCGUUUUGAGUCUCGCUCGACGCGGUGACAAAUACGGAUCCGUGGAUCGAUGAGCAUAUUUUGAAUCGCCGCACUAUCGGUUCAGUUGCAUCACACCCAAUUGAGUUUAUAUCAAAAUGGAUGUUAACAAUACGCAUGUGCAUGCGCGCACACGACGCCACGGGCUAACAGAGGCGGACAAGUCGCAAUAUGUCAAUUACAUCGUUUAAUUUUUAACUCGAGGCUUAUAUUUCAAUCGGGGACGGCGCCGUAAAUAAUCGGGCCUGAUCUGCUAUCUGAAUCUCGUACAGCACUUUGAGGGUAACAAUUGCCGAAUAAAACAGACCCCACACUGCGCGCAGCAAUCCGUUCCUGACGAAUCGUGGCGCGGAAAUGGUGGGGGAUUCGAA